AAAGCUCUCCUUCAACAGCUUCGAAGCAAUAAUGGCGCCCACCACCAUUGACAGAAAGCGCAAGGCCGUUACUCGGGAUGUUCCUGAAACCUCGGAUGCUGAGUCUGAGGCCGAGUUUGGGGAUGGACUCCUGGAAGGCAUUUUGUCGCAAAGCGAGGAUUCAGACGAUGGAAGUGACGAGGGCUCGGAGGACGAAGAAGAGGAAGACAACGAACUAGACGAAAUUGAGACUCUUAAUAGCGAUGAAAUCCCGUCUGACGAUCUCGAGAGCGAGGGAGAGGAAACGAAUGAUGGUCUGAAGAAGAGCAAUGGCACCAAGGCAAACCUUCUUCCGGAAUUGGUCUCGCCGUCAUCACUAGAGGAAGACAAGCCUAAUUACACAAUCACCACAGAUGCCAAUGGUGGAGAGAGAUAUGUGUACGGUGAGAUAGAUCCGGUGUAUGAUUCGGAUGAUUCAGAUGCACCAGGGACUACCAACACUAUUGGCAACAUCCCCCUUACGUUCUACGAUUCUUACCCACACAUUGGCUAUGAUAUCAAUGGAAAGAAGAUAAUGCGGCCUGCCAAGGGGGAAGCAUUGGAUGCGUUGUUGGACAGCAUUGAUGUCCCCAACGGAUGGACUGGACUUACGGAUCCAGCAACAGGGAAGCCGCUCAAUCUCAGCCAAGAUGAGCUUGAGAUUUUGCGAAGAAUACAAACGAAUGAGCUGCCGGAGGAGGGCUAUGAUCCAUAUCCUGCUACCGUUGAAUAUUUCACUGGAAUUGAGGAGAUCAUGCCUUUAAGUGCUGCGCCUGAACCGAAACGACGCUUCCUUCCUUCAAAGCAUGAAGCCAGGAGAAUAAUGAAGAUUGUGCGAGCCAUACGAGAAGGCAGAAUACUUCCGUAUAGGCCACCUCAAGAGCAAGAGGAACAGGAGGAAGAAAUACACUACGAUAUUUGGCAGGAUGAACAAUCUCGUCCAGACAACAUCAUGAAUGUUCCGGCUCCAAAAAUGCUUCCGCCAGGUUAUGACUUAAGUUAUAACCCACCACCUGAAUACCUCCCUACAAAAGCAGAAAAGCAAACUUGGGAAUCAACCGACCCAGAAGACAGAGAAAGGGAUUACUUACCGACUGGUUACGAUUCCUUGCGGAAAGUCCCAGGCUACGAGAAGUUUGUCAAAGAAAGAUUCGAACGCUCCUUAGACCUGUAUCUUGCACCCCGAGUACGCAAGAAUAGACUCAACAUCGAUCCUGCAUCCUUACUCCCUAAACUUCCUCGGCCUGAAGAGCUCAAACCAUUUCCAACAGUCUGCUCUACCUUAUUCCGUGGUCACGAGGGCCGUGCCAGGAGCUUGGCGAUUGAUCCCUCAGGAAUCUGGCUGGCUAGCGGUGGAGAUGACGGCACUGUCCGUGUCUGGGAGCUGUUGACCGGCAGACAAAUCUGGAGUGCAAAGAUUGGCGAUGGUGAGGCCGUCAACAUUGUCAGAUGGCGACCAGGAAAGGAUGCAGUCAUCCUAUCCGCAGCAGCCGGCGAAGAUAUCUACCUCCUGGUGCCUCCAGUCACAGAUCCAGAAACAGAUGCCUCCAGUCGAGAAUUACUUGAUGCAGGAUUUGGCUAUGCAACGAAUGCUACACAAGCUCUCACAGCGAAUGGAGCCAGGAAAGACCCCGCAGCAAAAUGGACUCGGCCUGGAUCGCGGCUUGAAGAUGAAGGUGUUCUCAUUAAGAUCACCGUCCGAACCACUGUCAAAGUCAUAAGCUGGCAUCGAAGAGGAGACUUCUUUUCAACCGUUUCUCCAACAGCACAAAAGAGCGCUGUUGCAAUCCACACCCUCUCGAAACACCUCACCCAAAUUCCCUUCCGCCGAUUACCUGGCAUACCGCAAACUGUGCAGUUUCACCCUUCGAGGCCCCUUUUCUUCGUUGCUACUCAGCGGACGAUUCGAAGCUAUGACCUUCAAAAGCAGGAACUUGUCAAAAUUAUCCAGCCUGGAGCUCGAUGGAUCUCUUCCUUUGAUAUACAUCCUGGAGGAGAUAAUCUGAUUGUUGGAUCCUACGAUCGACGACUACUCUGGCACGAUCUUGACCUUUCUACACGACCUUAUAAGACUAUGAGAUUCCAUUCGAAAGCUAUUCGUGCGGUGAAAUAUCACAAGGGAGGUUUCCCCCUUUUUGCAGACGCCAGUGACGACGGGAGCCUGCAAAUAUUUCAUGGCAAGGUUGUCAGUGAUAUGAUGGAAAAUGCCACUAUCGUACCAGUCAAAGUACUGAAGGGGCACAAGGUCAAGAGUGCUUUGGGUGUUAUGGACGUAGACUGGCAUCCGAGGGAGCCCUGGCUUGUGAGUGCCGGUGCAGAUGGUACUUGUCGAUUAUGGAUGUGAUAUCUAAAUGUUGUAGCUAUUGCUCAAAGCAUAGGCGUUGAGGGCACAAAAAUACCGGUCAAUGAUACCUGAGAAUGGUUGAAGAUGAAACAGUGCGGUCUUUGUGAAUAUGGAUUUCAACCUGUUUGAGCUCCUGUGCAUACUCACGGUGGGUAUUGUUAAAGAUGAUCGACGCAAAAGCGGGUAAUCGGUAGGAAACGCAGCAGAAUCAAACCUCUGUCGAGUGAGCUGAAAAGCGGUAUGAAUGUUUAGAUGGACCUAGUUAAUUUGGACUUUUUUCUUAGCCAGGAAGGAGAGAAACUCAGACAACUCAGACAUUCCAACGCUGUCGAUUUGUUCCAAGUGAGCACAAUUUCAGUACACGAUAAUCAGAGGGAAAUUUUGUUAGGGAAGUCUUGCGAGUGACCAAUUUGACUUGGGACAUUGGAAGCCAGAACCCUCGCCAUUUGACAGAAAAAGC